UUUCCAGAGUGAAUUCUCUUUUUCCAAAUUCCUCCGGGGUAGUGUGGAUGGGGCCUUACAGUACAGAAAAGGCGAUCCGUUCACGGGAAAUAGCGUUUCUCAGAACGGUCUAGGUCAAAUUCCGGCCGGCUUCUCGAUCAAAUUGCCAAAACACAUUUUAGACUGUAAACACCAGAAAUUCAAAGCGAUUCUUCCAAAAGAAAACUUAAUGCUUGCAUGACUGGCUACAGAUUGCCUGCGCUAUAAAUAAACUUUCGACUGGCAGCCAUUAACUGCAGCAAUUGUCAUUGGCGGCUUUACCAUUAACUAUAGUUAGUGCUGGAGUUGGUUUAAAUAUAUAUUGCUGAUCGAUAAAAAUCAUUUCCAUUCUAGACAAAUCAACCGGAUCCUUAUAGUUUUACACAUCGGUAAUACAUAUGUGAACAAAACUUCAGAAAACGCAAGUACUGCAUACAUUUUACUACUUUCGGUUUUUUGAUGAUUUCCUCAACGGAGAUGGUUUUAUAGCUACGAAACGGCCAUCUGUCUUGCUGAAACAAAGUGGAUAGGAAAUCAGUUUCCGUGUUGCAAAAUAACACAAAAGGGCCAACAUUCAUGGCGGAAACUUCUUGUGAUGCAGUACACUAUCUCCCGACAUUGUCCGAAGUUCAAAAACUUCAUUCAUCCUACAUCGCCAAUUGUGUCUUCAACAGUUUUCUUUCCUAUACAGCCAUCAUGUUAAACAUUGUAACGAUCCACGCAAUUCGAAAAACUUCGUCGUUGCCAAAACAGUUAAAAACAUUGCUAUUGAGUCUUGCUGUUUCUGAUAUUGGUGUUGGUUUGUUAGGCGAACCAUUUUACAUCUCGCUCCUGGUGAGGUGGUUGCAAAAAGACAUCCCCGACUGCAUAGCCUACAACGGUUUUUUCAUCGUCAUAAGGUUGUUUUCUCUUGCUUCGUACCUUACUGUUGUGGCCAUAAGUGUGGACAGAUUCUUGGCUAUUCAUCUUCAUCUCAGAUAUCAGGAACUUGUGACUUACCAGCGAGUUGUUGCCGUGGUAGUGUCAGUAUGGGUUUUCAGCGUACUUAUUUCAUUAACUACGUUUUGGCUUGCCACUGAAAUUUCUUCCGUAGCGCUUUCUUCUAUUGGAACUGCUUGUGUCAUUGCUACUACAACAAUCUAUUGGAGGAUUUAUUUAGCUUUAAAGCGCCACAAGAACCAAAUGGAAGCCAUUCAACUACAAGAAAUCCGUGAAAUAACACAAAAUGGCAACAUGGCAAAUUUUGCGAGCAUUAGGAAGUCCGCUGUGGGCGUAUUUUAUGUAUAUCUCGUGUUUUUGGUUUGUUACUUACCUCACUUUCUGCUUUUGUUAAUCCACGCCCCGAGUUUUGCUGUAAUUAAGCACACUCUCGAACUCUACUCGAUGACGUUGAUUUUUCUGAAUUCCUCUCUGAACCCUGUUAUUUAUUGCUGGAAGAUGAAACACAUUCGUCGAGCUAUCAUGAACAUCCUGCGAAACUUCAUCCGCCGGCACCACUGAUGACCCAACAGUCCCAGCACACAACUGAUGAGCAGUACCCAGCAUAUCACAAGAGGAGGCACUUCGAAAAAUUAUCGUCAUAAAACUUUUGCCAUUGAACCACGACAGAAUUUACUCGGUUGAGCGAAUUAAGCCUUUGUUCAGUCGGUAGCAGAAGGUUUCGCAACCAAUCAAGUUCCGGCACGUCCCAGUUCGAACGACACUUUGAUAGGUCGCUGGAGUUCGCUCCCUACGGCUUUCUUUCUUACCAUAUCUUGAUGUAAGCGUUAAGUUUAAGAAAACUGGAGCCCAAAAGGCAUUGUUAUUAGUCUUGAGAGAGAAACCACUGACUGUUUCUCGUCCUUUAAACGUGAACACGAGAGUGAAUGCUUGAGGCGACUGACUCACUCAACAUCUC